GCGGGAGGCGGAGAAGGAGAAGGAGGUGGUGCCAGUAGUGGCCGUCCUGGAGCGUGAGCUGGGCUCAGUCAAUCAGAACAAUGACUUCUCCGCUGGAGCUUGAGGAACGAAGCUGAGCCACACACAACGAGCACUAGCGGCUGUAGCGCUGGCCGCUGGGCAAGGAGAGGAUUGUUGGUAGCUGUCGCUGCUGCUCUGAGCCGGAGAGGAGCUGCAGCUGCUACUGUUAUUGUUUGGAAAAGAAAGACCAGGAGCUGCACUCUUUAGCAUGUGGAUUCCUACAGAGCACGAGAAAUACGGAGUGGUAAUUGCAAGUUUUCGAGGAACAGUCCCACAUAGUUUAUCGCUGGAAAUUGGAGAUACUGUUCAAAUACUAGAGAAAUGUGAUGGCUGGUACAGAGGAUUUGCCUUUAAAAACCCAAAUAUCAAGGGCAUCUUCCCAUCCAACUAUAUUCAUUUGAAAAAUGCAUGUGUCAAGAACAAAGGGCAAUUUGAAAUGGUUAUUCCAACAGAAGACUCAGUUAUUACAGAGAUGACAUCAACUUUAAGAGAUUGGGGGACAAUGUGGAAGCAACUUUAUGUGAGAAAUGAAGGGGAUCUCUUUCAUCGACUGUGGCACAUAAUGAAUGAAAUCCUAGACCUUCGACGGCAGGUACUAGUGGGCCAUCUCACCCAUGAUAGGAUGAAGGAUGUCAAACGGCACAUCACUGCUCGCUUGGACUGGGGCAAUGAACAAUUGGGACUAGACUUGGUUCCAAGAAAGGAAUAUGCGAUGGUGGAUCCAGAGGAAAUCAGUAUUACAGAGCUGUAUAGACUGAUGGAGCACCGUCAUCGAAAGAAAGACACACCUGUCCCAGCAAGCAGCCACCAUCUCUUUGUCCAGAUGAAGAGCCUGAUGUGUUCCAAUCUGGGAGAAGAACUCGAAGUAAUCUUCUCACUCUUUGAUAGUAAAGAGAAUCGACCAAUCAGUGAAAGAUUUUUUUUAAAACUGAAUCGGAAUGGUUUGCCGAAAUGUCCAGAAAAACCAGAAAGACAUUGUUCUCUCUUUGUGGAUUUGGGAAGCAGUGAACUCAGGAAGGACAUCUACAUCAUGGUGCACAUUAUACGCAUAGGCCGAAUGGGAGCUGGUGAGAAGAAAAAUGCUUGCAACGUACAGUAUCGGCGACCUUUUGGCUGUGCUGUCCUCAGCAUAGCAGAUCUUUUAGCAGGCGACACAAAAGAUGACCUUAUCCUCAAAGUAUACAUGUGUAAUACCGAGAGUGACUGGUAUCAGAUCCAUGAGAACAUCAUCAAAAAGCUAAAUGCUCGUUACAACCUAACAGGAUCCAAUGCUGGUCUGGCUGUUUCUCUUCAGCUGCUACAUGGAGACAUUGAACAGAUCAGAAGGGACUCCAUGUUUACCCAUGGAGUAUCAAUAACAAGGAAGCUGGGCUUUUCCAACAUUAUCAUGCCAGGUGAAAUGAGGAAUGAUUUAUAUAUCACAAUGGAAAGAGGAGAGUUUGAAAAAGGAGGAAAAAGCGUGGCCAGAAAUGUGGAAGUGACAAUGUAUAUUGUGGACAGUGGUGGUCAAAUUUUAAAGGACUUCAUCUCCUUUGGCUCUGGAGAGCCACCAGCUACUGAAUUCCACUCCUUUGUGCUAUACCACAACAACAGUCCAAGAUGGGCUGAGCUGCUGAAACUUCCUAUUCCUGUGGAUAAAUUCAGGGGAGCACACCUCCGCUUUGAAUUUCGGCAUUGUUCCACAAAAGAAAAGGGGGAGAAGAAGUUGUUUGGUUUUUCUUUCGUCCCUCUGAUGCAGGAAAAUGGAAGGACAUUGCCAGAUGGCACUCAUGAGCUCAUUGUGCACAAGUGUGAAGAAAAUGUAAGUCUUCAGGAUUCUAGUCGCUACCUCAAAUUCCCCUUUUCAAAGGGGCAUCUCCUUGGGAACAACCACCAAGCAGUAAAAACCACGAAAGAAUCUUUCUGGAUUACAUCUUUCCUGUGUUCAACGAAACUCACCCAAAAUGGGGACAUGCUUGACCUUCUCAAAUGGAGAGCCCAUCCAGAAAAAAUAGCAGGUUGCCUCUCAAAGUUGAAAGAAAUUGAUGGGUCCGAAAUAGUAAAGUUUCUUCAAGAUACACUGGACACUUUAUUUGGGAUUUUAGAUGAAAAUUCUCAAAAAUAUGGAUCCCAAGUAUUUGAUUGUUUGGUUCAUAUAAUAAAUAUGCUGCAGGACAGCAAGUUUCAUCAUUUUAAGCCUGUUAUGGACACCUACAUUGAGAGUCACUUUGCAGGAGCACUUGCAUACAGAGACCUCAUAAAGGUGUUGAAGUGGCAUGUUGACCGAAUAACAGAAGUGGAGAGGCAAGCACACAACCAGGAAGUAUUAAAGGCACAAGAAUAUAUAUUUAAGUAUAUAGUUCAGUCUCGGAAGUUGUUUUCUCUUGCUACUGGAGGGCAAAAUGAGGAGGAAUUCUGCUGUUGUAUUCAAGAGCUUCUUAUGUCUGUACGAUUCUUCCUUUCUCAAGAAACCAAAGGGGCUAGUACUUUAUCCCAGGCUCAAUCAGUCUUUCUCAGCUCCUUCCCAGCUGUUUACUCAGAGCUGCUGAAGCUCUUUGAUGUGAGAGAGGUGGCAAAUUUGGUGCGUGAUACUCUAGGAAGCUUGCCAACCAUCACUAACGCAGAUGAAUCCCUUCAAGCUGUGAAACUCCAGUGCAUUGGAAAAACAGUGGAGAGUCAACUGUACACCAGUCCAGAGUCCCGAUAUAUCCUACUACCAGUAGUUUUGCAUCACCUCUAUGUGCAUUUACAAGAGCAAAAGGAUCUGGUAAUGUGUGCACGUAUCCUGAGCAACAUAUUUUGUCUCAUCAAGAAAAAUAGUUCUGAAAAGUCUGUAUUGGAAGAAAUAGAUGUAAUUGUGAACAGUCUGCUAGAUGUACUGCUCAGAACCAUCUUGGAGAUCACAAGCCGACCUCAGCCAGCAGGGUCUGCUACACGGCUUCAGUUUCAGGAUGUUACUGGAGAGUUUGUGUCGUGUCUGUUGUCUUUACUACGACAAAUGACAGACAGACAUUACCAGCAACUUCUCGAUAGAUUCAAGACAAGGGAUGAGUUGAGAGAAUUUUUGUUGCAGAUAUUUACUGUCUUCCGGAUAUUAAUACGGCCAGAGAUGUUUCCGAAAGAUUGGACAGUGAUGCGUUUAGUUGCUAACAAUGUUAUUAUCACAACAGUGUUAUACCUUUCAGACGCCCUUCGUAAAAACUUCUUAAAUGAAAGCUUUGAUUACAAGAUAUGGGAUUCCUACUUCUAUCUUGCUGUCAUUUUUAUAAACCAAUUAUGUCUACAAUUAGAAAUGUUCACACCUUCCAAGAAGAAAAAGGUGUUAGAGAAAUAUGGUGACAUGCGGGUGACAAUGGGAUGUGAAAUCUUCAGCAUGUGGCAAAAUUUAGGGGAACACAAAGUCCACUUCAUCCCAGCACUGAUAGGCCCUUUCUUAGAAGUGACUCUGAUACCUCAACCGGACCUACGGAAUGUAAUGAUUCCUAUUUUCCAUGACAUGAUGGAUUGGGAACAAAGGCGCAGCGGCAACUUUAAACAGGUGGAAGCAAAACUGAUUGACAAAUUGGAUAGCUUGAUGUCAGAAGGAAAAGGUGAUGAAACAUACCGAGAACUCUUCAACAGUAUAAUUCCACUCUUUGGUCCUUAUCCCAGCCUGCUCAAGAAAAUUGAACGUGAAACAUGGAGAGAAAGUGGCAUUUCGCUAAUCGCCACUGUAACCCGUCUAAUGGAGAGGCUGCUGGACUACAGGGACUGCAUGAAAAUGGGAGAAGUGGAUGGCAAAAAAAUUGGCUGUACUGUCAGCCUUUUGAAUUUUUAUAAGACAGAGUUGAAUAAGGAGGAGAUGUAUAUUCGGUAUAUACACAAGCUGUAUGAUUUGCACCUAAAAGCACAAAACUUUACAGAAGCGGCCUACACACUGCUGUUGUAUGAUGAACUGUUGGAAUGGUCAGAUCGGCCACUGAGAGAAUUCCUGAACUAUCCCAUGCAAACAGAAUGGCAGCGCAAGGAAUAUCUUCAUCUCACUAUCAUCCAGAACUUUGAUAGGGGAAAAUGCUGGGAGAAUGGCAUUAUCUUAUGCAGGAAGAUUGCUGAUCAGUAUGAAAGCUAUUAUGACUACAGAAAUCUCAGCAAGAUGCGGGUGAUGGAAGCCUCUUUGUAUGAUAAAAUUAUGGAUCAACAGCGUUUAGAACCAGAAUUUUUCCGAGUUGGAUUUUAUGGGAAAAAGUUUCCUUUUUUCUUACGAAACAAAGAAUUUGUUUGCCGAGGACAUGACUAUGAGCGUCUGGAGGCUUUUCAACAGCGGAUGUUAAAUGAGUUCCCACAUGCCAUUGCUAUGCAACAUGCCAAUCAGCCAGAUGAGACCAUCUUUCAGGCAGAAGCACAAUACUUACAAAUCUAUGCCGUGACCCCAAUUCCAGAAAGUCAGGAGGUACUGCAGAGAGAAGGUAUUCCGGAUAACAUCAAAAGUUUUUAUAAAGUAAAUCAUAUCUGGAGAUUUCGAUAUGACAGGCCAUUCCAUAAAGGGACCAAAGACAAGGACAAUGAAUUCAAGAGUUUGUGGGUGGAGAGAACAACACUAAUCUUGGUGCAGAGUUUGCCUGGAAUUUCUCGCUGGUUUGAAGUGGAAAAACGUGAAGUGGUGGAAAUGAGCCCUCUGGAAAAUGCUAUUGAAGUGCUGGAAAAUAAAAAUCAGCAGUUAAGAACAUUGAUCAGUCAAUGUCAAACUCGACAGAUGCAGAAUAUCAACCCUCUCACAAUGUGUCUGAAUGGGGUCAUUGAUGCUGCAGUUAAUGGUGGAGUUACCAGAUAUCAAGAGGCAUUCUUUGUGAAGGAAUACAUCCUGAACCACCCAGAGGAUGGAGAGAAGAUCACAUGCUUGAGAGAACUGAUGCUUGAGCAGGCCCAGAUUCUGGAAUUUGGCUUAGCUGUGCAUGAGAAGUUUGUCCCUCAGGAUAUGAGACCCUUACAUAAAAAACUAGUGGACCAGUUCUUUGUGAUGAAGUCAAGUUUGGGAAUACAGGAAUUUGCUGCGUGUGUCCAGGCUAGUCCAAUUCACUUUCCAAAUGGAAGCCCCCGUGUGUCUAGAAAUUCAAUGCCGGUUUCGAUGAGUCCAGAGGGUGCCAGAGUAAUUCCUAGACGUAGUCCAUUAAGUUACCCAGCUGCAAACAGAUAUUCCUCAUCCUCAUUGUCCUCCCAAGCUUCUGCAGAGGUCAGCAAUAUAACUGGACAGUCUGAAAGUUCUGAUGAAGUUUUCAACAUGCAGCCAAGUCCAUCUACCUCAAGCCUGAGUUCCACUCAUUCUGCUUCACCUAAUGUGACCAGCUCUGCUCCAUCCAGUGCCAGAGGCUCACCUCUGUUGUCUGACAAGCUUAAACAUUCCAGAGAGAACUCUUGCCUAUCUCCGAGGGAAAGGCCUUGUAGUGCCAUAUAUCCUAAUCCUUCAGAGCCUUCACAGCCUGCAAACUCUGGCUUUGCCAAGUGGAAUGAGGCCUCCAUUCCGCGCUGCAUCAGAGAUUCACCAAGGGAGCCUGAGGAGCACGUAGGUCCAAUAUCUGCUCUCCCAGAGGCUUACCUGACAGGAAAAUCUUCCAAUCUGUCAACAUCCUCAGUAGCCCCUGACAGGAGGAUUCUGUUCAAUCAUAUUGGAGAUGGCGUUUUGCCUCGAAGUGAUCCUAAUUUGUCUGGUCCUGAGAAGGCUGUGAACAGCACUCCUAGCAGCUGGAGCCUGGACAGUGGGAAAGAAGCCAGGAACAUGUCAGACAGUGGAAAGCUUAUGACGCCUCCUGUGCCACCACGCCCCACACAGACUGCAUCACCAGCUCGACAUGUAACCUCAGUUUCCCCUUCUCCUGCUGGAAGAUCUCCAAUGAAGGGUUCUGUGCAAUCAUUUACACCGUCUCCUGUGGACUACCAUUCAUCAGGCCUCAUCUCCAACUCCCCAGUCUUGUCAGGAAGUUACAGCAGUGGCAUCUCUUCACUCAGUCGAUGUAGUAUGUCAGAAACAUCUGGCUUUGAAACACAAGUCAAUGAACACCCAGUACCUAUUUCUAACUGCAACAUUUCUGAAGAGCCAGUGAGAAAAGAGAGUAAGACUCCACCACCUUAUAGUGUUUAUGAACGGACCCUGAGGCGCCCUGUCCCGCUACCUCACAGUCUUUCUAUUCCCAUUACGGAUCCACCAGCACUGCCACCCAAACCUCUGUUGGUCCGACCGAACAAUCUGGAAAACAGUAGCAAGAGGACUGAACAGGUCCCUCGGCCCAGGCCUCUUCCACGAAAAGUGUCUCAGUUAUAAAGUCAUUUUGUAAUGACUAACCGGUAAACCACAUCUAACGUAGGCACUUUAAUAUUUUUCACAAAUCUUCUUUCCAGUGGUUUCUUUUGAAUUGUUUAAUAUUAUGUUGCACAUUUUGUCAAGUGAAAGUACUAACCUAGAAUGCCAGAUACUACAGGAAACGUGACUGAGAUAAUUUCAUUAUUAUGUACAGCAAAUGUGGAUAAAUAUCAAUUCCAAUUGAAGCUCAAUUUUUCAAGCAUAGCUUGAACAAAACUUUAUUCCCUUCCACAACCAUCUAUUAGUAGGACACUGUACUUAGAGCAUGCAGGAUAAUAUGGUUUUAACUAAGUAUAUGAAGCAAAGGAAUGCUCCCGUAAUACAAUAAUUUAAUUUCCACACACUUCAAGUUAUUAUAUUGCAUAUGAAAAUUGCAAAGAUGUUGUUUCAGCUGAGCUCAUGAAACAAAAUGAUUGUUUUAGGUUGCUUUCUUUUUACUGACAUAUGUCUACAUUUUAUUAAAUGUAAGUAUAUACAUUUUCAAGUAGCUGUUUUGAGAGGGGGAAAAGAUACAUUCUUUAGCACUUUGGUAGUGGUUUGUCUACAUUAUCUGCACAUUUGUUUUCAGGGUUUUUUUGAGGUGCAGUUUUAUUUCACAAUUCCAUAGAUGAUAAGGAAAAAUAAUUCCCAUGAACAGCUAGUUGUGGAAUGUCCACUUAACUUUGAAAAUUCACUUAAAAAACAACUUUGGUUUCACAGAAGGAAACAAAUCCUCCAGUUGUUUUAGUAGUUCAAAUGACUGUGUCAUAUUAAUAGUGACCCAAGAAACUGCCACUCUCAGUGCUGUAAAAUUAGCAAAAGGAAAUUACUGGGUGCAAAUAGAUUUUCAUAAGGAAUAUCUACAGAGGCCACUGGCUGCAAAGUUCUGCUCAACCAGCAGAAAUUAUAUUUAGCUUUUCAGAGUUCAGUCUUUACUAGUGAAUUCUUGUGUUACCUAAUCAAUCAUCUUGUCUAGUUGGCAGACUUUUAGCAUCCAGUUUGUGUACUAUAUUGCACAGCAGAAAGCAUAGGAAGGGGAAAGGCAGGUACCUUUUCCUGCAGCUCACCCAUGUUCAGUUCCCAGCAACCAGCUAUGUGAACUCAAACAGUCCAUAUUGAGUUUUGACAGGGCAGCUUCUCAAGCAACCGUGUGUUUUCCAGGGAAGCUGGCGGUGCGGACUGGGCAGGGGGAGAGCGAACAAAAUCCAUGUUUGUUCAUGUAUCAGUUGUGAAAAGCUCUCAACUACACAGAAGCAGGGACCCAGUCAUUGCUUCUGUGUAUUUUAAGUGAAGCAGCAGCAAACAAUGCACGCACCUGCUGUUCAGAGUUGACAUGAGCCAUCAUAUCUCUGCCCAAGUACACACUAUGAAAACAACUUCAGAUGUCUGGCCAGCCAAAAAAGAGUGCAAGAGGAAGUAAUGCUAUAGGUCUGGGCUCCGUGGGCUGGAAGUAAUGUAAGAGAGCUUCUAGUUUCUUCCAGAAUGAAAGCGCUAGCAGGCGAACUCUGGACAUGCAUGAUAGGUUUUGAAGUUUGCUUUCCAAAAGCAGCCUCUCCUUUCCCUGCUGUUGUGCAGUUGCCUCCCAGACCAUGAGGAAACUUCAGGAAUACAAGGAACUACACUGAAAUAAGUGGAACCCUCUGUAUACAAAUGGAAACACUUGCAUGCAACUAUAGGGCAUUCUGGAUCCUAGCACCCUUGCAAAAUGCUCUGUGUGGAAGUGCCCUUCGUAUUGCCAGAUGAUGUUCUAGGUAGCAUUUCACUGUAGAGCACUGAAAGCUCAUGCCCAGUUAAAAGACCAUACAAAUUAAAACACCUUGUACAGUCAGUUUUUCUAUCUCUGUUUUUUCUGUUUACGUACUGUUUCUAACAUUUGUUUGACAACUUAAGUAUGAUCUGUAUUUAUCAAUCAUACCGUUAAAAGUUAUUUCCCUGUUUUGUUGGGAAGCUUGUGUUGAUUUAACAGUUUGCUUUGUCAAUAGCUUAACUGGAACACAGUGACCACUUUUUAUAUUUCCUCAAUGAAACCUUCAGCAGGUAUAUGCUGUUAAUGGUAGCUAUAGAGGUUUUCUAUAAUAAAUGUUCAAGUAUUUUUGUACAUAACUGGUUAAUUUUAAUAAGGAGUACAACUAUGUGAAAAAAGAAGCAAACAGUUAUGUAUGCAGUAAGAUUGUUAUAAUUAUGCCAAAUACUUUAUGUAAGGGGGGGCACGGGGAAGAAUAUUUGUACAUCUGUGCUUUUAACAAUAAUUCUGCCAUAUUGACUCUACAACUUUGAAUGUCAGAAAAAUAUAUUAAUAUAUGUUGAAAUAUCUAUGUUUAGCAAAAGUGUUCAUAACUGGAAAAGGAGCGUAUGAAUUUUAGCUUUGUACUUUGCUGAUUUUGAAGUCCUGAGAUUUCUUGAACUAGCUCUCACUUUUGAUUCAUAACAUUUUUGUGUCUGCAUAACCAGACUUUGAAGCCGUUAGCUACAUAUUUAUGCUGGGUUUUUUAAAAAAAGGUAUUGUCUAAGAUUUAAUUAAAGUGUCACAAGCUGGAUAACAAAGCCACUUUGAUUCCUCCCCACCUUAUACAUAGAGCUGAAUCUGUGUGUUGCUUGGCGCUUCAGCAUAGUCAGAAUCAAUGUUACUUGCUCCUCAAGUCAUUUUAAAUAUAUAUUUCUGACAGUAAGCAAAAUUUUUAAGCUCUCAUGUGCACGUAUUAUUGACGUCUGCUUGGCAGCAAAACAUUUCAUGUAGUUUCUGUUUACAGAUGGUUAUACUGGCUGCUGAAGAACAGGAAAUACAAAAUAAAAUGAAUUGAUCUUUAUUGUA